UAUUGAACUAGUGCGCGCAUGCAGGGCAUGGUGACGUUGACCAUAAUAGCAGGGGUGCCUCAGUUGCGGCCUCCGCCAUGCAUUAAUCAAAAAUGCAGCGCUCCCACCAAAUCCCAGCUGGGAGUCCUGGCGCUGGGCCUCGGCUUUCUCUCCGUCGGCACCGGCGGCAUCAGGCCGUGCAACAUCCCUUUUGGCGUCGACCAGUUCGACGUCUCCACGGCGGAAGGGAGGAGAGGAAUCAACAGCUUCUUCAACUGGUAUUACAUGUCCUUCACCCUCGUCAUGACCAUCGCUCUCACCUUGGUCGUCUACAUUCAAGACUCCGUCAGCUGGGUCUGGGGCUUCGGCUUCCCCACCGCGCUCAUGCUCUUCGCCAUCGUCCUCUUCUUCGUCGGCACCAAUUUCUACGUCUACGUCGUGCCCGAGGGAAGCGUCUUCACCGCCAUUGCGCAGGUCAUCGCCGCCACCUACAAUAAGCGUAAGCUGCACAUCCCCGACGCCGCCGCCUAUUUUGAUCCGCCGUUGAAGGGGAUGCUCGUCACUAAGCUCUCUUUGACCAAUAACUUAAGGUUCUUUAAUAAAGCCGCGUUGAUAACCGAGGGUGAUAUUGGGGUGGAUGGAUCCAACUCCAACCCGUGGAGGCUAUGCAGCGUCCAAAAAGUGGAAGAAACCAAAUGCCUAUUCAAAAUCAUCCCGAUUUGGGCUUCCGGGAUUAUCUGUUUUACCGCCAUUGUACAACAGAGCACAUUCAUCUUGUCUCAAGCCUUGACAAUGGACCGCCACCUGGGUCCCAACUUUCAGAUCCCGGGCGGGUCGCUCGGGGUCAUCUCGAUGAUCACGGUGGCGCUAUGGAUCCCCGUGUACGACCGGGUGGUGGUGCCGUCCGUGAAGAAGGUCACCAAGGUGGAAGGUGGCAUCACCUUGCUCCAGAGGAUGGGGAUCGGGCUGGUGUUCUCCAUCCUCUCGAUGGUAGUGUCCGGCCUGGUCGAGCGGAUGAGAAGGGCCUCUGCCCUAGCUCACGCUGGACCAGGCGGGACCACUACCCUAACGGUCUUCUGGCUGGCCCCACAGCUGAUGCUGAUGGGGUUCGCCGAGGCAUUCAAUAUCAUUGGACAGAUUGAGUUUUAUAAUAAAGAAUUCCCGGAAAAUAUGACUAGUUUGGCAAACUCGUUGUUCUCGUACACAAUGGCGGGGGCGAGCUAUAUAAGUGCGGCGUUGGUGAACAUCGUGCACCACACAACUGCCACGCGCGCCCAUCCCGAUUGGUUGACCAAAGAUAUUAACCAGGGAAGGCUUUUGCUUGCUGAGUUUCUGGUAUCUUGCGAUCCUGUGUUUUGCUUGCUUCCGCUUGUUGGCUAUUAUCUCGAUAAUUCCUUGGCAUUACAAGCCUGGUGGAUCCUCUCAGUGCCAUUCAAUGGCAGAGAUGAUUUUCAGGACUGGAAAAUCAAGAUAGAAUGCAUUUUGGUUAAAGAAAAGGUUAAAAGAGCUAUAACCACUAAGAUUGAUGAAACUGUUACUGAUCUCAGAAAGGUGUCACACCAUGCUUGUACUAAAGAUUUGUGGGAUGACUUGAAUGCUAUAUAUGCUGCCCCUUCUGAAGUGUCAACUUGGUCUUUGCAAAAUCAAUUUAUGUCUUUUCAAAUGGACUCUUCAAAGGAUGUUGAUACUAAUAUGGAGAAUUUCAAUAAACUACUGCAUGAUUUAAAUCUUGCUGGAGAUGACUCCAUUGAAAAGUAUGCUCCCCAAAUUCUUUUAAAUUCCAUACCUGAGCCCUUUGCUGAGGUAAAAUCUGCUUUGAAGUAUGGUGGGUCAAAAGUCACUUGUGAAAUGAUUACUAAUGGCCUUAAGUCUAAAGAGAGUGAACUCAAAUUGAUUAAGUCAAAGCCUCUGCAUGGUAAAAUCCUUUAUGUGAACAAGAACCAAACCCAGAACCUCAAUAGGGGUCAGAACCCUGAUAAGUCUAAGGACAUGAGACCUUAUCACCAGAAGGCUGAGCAUAGUGGUCAAAACCAGAACCAAAACUCUGACCAAAACCCUAGGAAAGUUUGUUGGAACUGUGGUAAGCCUGGCCACUUCAUCAAUAGGUGCAAAAUGCCUAAGAAGAAUAGAGAUUUUGUCCUUAAUGAGCCAAAACAACAUGCCAACAAUGUCUAUGAGGAAGAUAGUGUCUACAUGGUGCAUGAACUUGAUUUUCAGUACAUUAAUUACUCCAAUGAUGUGUCUAAAUCUGUAAAAUCAAAUGAGUGGUUGAUAGACUCUGGCUGCACUUUUCAUGUCACACCUUUCAAACACAUGUUUCACAAUCUAGAGUCUGUCAAUUCUGGUCAUGUAGCUUUAGCUGAUGGUCAAAAGUGUGAUAUUCUGGGAAAAGAAGAUGUUUGCCUGAAAUUUGAAAAUGGGAGUUUGUUGACCUUAAAUGAAGUCAGAUAUGUGCCUAACUUGAAGUUCAGUCUCCUAUCUGUUUCAAAGAUUGCUGAUAAAAUGCUUGAUGGGUCUGUGAACUACCUGAGGUUUCAAUUUGAAAAAGACUCCAAACUCUUCUUUACUGCUCCUAGAAAAGGUGACUUGUAG